AUGGGCUCCGCCGUGGUGGAGCACAAGGUGGUCAUCGGCAGUCUCACGCCGCCUGAGCUCCGGCUGCGACUGCCGCGUCUCCCGACUUCAUUCUAUACCAAAGUCAAUCAUGUGAGCACGUCUUCUGAUGACUGCUAUGUAACGAUUCAUGAGCACGAGCUAAAUGGCACUAUCGAGCCUCAAACCUUGGCUCCCGAAGCUCCUCUUCCACGCUACCUCUGCCUCCUCUAUCAUACUAUACAUAGCGCCCAAGGCGACGUUGAGCAUACUCACGAUCCAGGCUGCGAACAUUGCAAGUGUAGCUAUGGCUUAAUGCGCUCUCUCAUGCACAGCUUGGAUCAAGACGUGCUCGAAACGCGCUUGACCAGCCUCGGCGAACAUCUUUGCUGUGGAAUUUUUUCCCGACCAGUACAUACAUGUAUGUGUACCUCGCAGCGAAAGAAUAACAUCGCGCUCAUUCAUGAAAAUGGGCUGAGCACUCUCACCAAUCUCAACGACGAGGACUAG